AUGAGCAGGAAAGGCGAUAAGAAGCACAGGAGGAGCAGGAAGGAGAGCUACAGCAUCUAUAUCUACAAAGUGCUGAAGCAGGUUCACCCAGACACUGGUAUUUCAUUCGUCAGCGACAUCUUCGAGCGUAUUGCGUCCGAGGCUUCCCGUCUGGUGCAUUACACCCGUCGCCAGACCAUCUCCUCCCGAGAGGUCCAGAGCGCCGUCCGCCCUCUGCUUCCUGGGGAACUGGCUAAACACGCCGUCUCUGAAGGCACGAAAACCAUCACCAAAUAUACAGGCUCCAAGUAG